UCUCUCUCUCUCUUUCUCUCUCUCCCUCAUCGUCCCACACGUGUUUCUAUUAUUCUCCAUCCCCUCUCCUAGUCUUUUACUAUCAUUAUUCUUGCUGAUCUCCGCUGUCAUGGGCCUUCUUCAUCUUCUUCUUCUUUAAUUCUUACACUCAUUUACUGAUCUCUCUUUUCCUUAUAUUGUCUCUCUCCUGUUCCAAUCUGUCUUGCUUCAUUACUGUGCGGGGCCUUUUAUUGUCCUCGGGCUCCCUCCUGGAGUUGGAGCAAUUGAACUGCACGGCAUUCGUCAUUGUAAUCGCCCGCAGUAUUUGUUGAUUGUUUGGGGAAUCCUAUUCCUGCUUCUGUCUCUCCUCGCUCAUUGAUCCUACCCAACUAAGCGCCUCAACCAUGGCGCCCUCAUAUAAAAACACCCUGGAGGUUGACUCCCCGCCCAAGUCGCAACUUCGCUCCUCCAGUCGCUCUCCAGGUCCGAAGAGUCGCAAAAAUGUCACCGUGCGGGCACCCAGUUACGCCUCGGAGGGUGUUUCCGACAACAACAUCUUCAAGCUUCCUGCCUCUGAUUACAAGAUUCUCAUUGUGGUGACUCUGGUGGCUGCAGUUGUUCGUCUAUUCCGCAUCUACCAGCCGUCCAGCGUGGUCUUCGAUGAAGUCCACUUUGGCGGCUUCGCUUCUAAAUACAUCAAAGGCCGCUUUUUCAUGGAUGUUCAUCCCCCGCUUGCUAAACUUCUCCUCACAUUGGCUGGCUGGCUCGCGGGCUUUGACGGCGAGUUCGACUUUAAGGACAUUGGCAAGGAUUACCUCGAGCCUGGUGUGCCUUAUGUUGCAAUGCGGAUGCUUCCAGCGGUUCUGGGCGUCUUGACUGUCCCGCUGAUGUUCUUGACUUUGAAGGCGUCGGGCUGCCGCACGAUCUCGGCGAUUCUGGGCGCUGGUGUGGUCAUCUUUGAGAAUGGUCUAAUCACUCAAUCGCGUCUGAUUCUCCUGGAUUCCCCCUUGGUUUUCUUCACCGCGCUUACAGCAUUGGCCUUCACAUGCUUCACCAAUCAGCAUGAGAUGGGACCAUCGCAUGCCUUCCGCGGACCCUGGUGGUUUUGGCUGGUGGCAUCUGGUCUUGCCUUGGGUGCUACCCUUAGUGUCAAGUGGGUUGGUCUGUUUACCGUCGCUUGGGUUGGAUCGCUCACUGUUCUCCAACUCUGGGUGCUGCUCGGCGAUACGGUCAAUGUUACACCGCGUCUGUGGUUCAAGCAUUUCUUUGCCCGCUUCUUCUGCCUCAUCAUCAUCCCUCUGACCUUCUACUGUGGCAUGUUCGCGAUCCACUUCUUGUGCCUGGUCAAUCCCGGAGAUGGGGACGGAUUCAUGUCCUCUGAAUUCCAGGCAACUUUGAAUUCCAAGUCUAUGCAGGAUGUUCCCGCAGACGUUGUCUUCGGCUCUCGUAUUACCCUGCGCCAUCUCAACACGCAGGGAGGCUACCUUCACUCUCACAACCACAUGUAUCCCACGGGAAGCAAGCAGCAACAGAUUACUCUCUAUCCCCACAAGGAUGAAAACAACGUCUUCAUCCUCGAGAAUCAGACGCAGCCCCUUGGUCCUUAUGGCACCGUGGAAGGUCCUCUGGCUUGGGACAAUAUGACCGCAGAAUUUGUCGAAGAUGGCGCUACCGUUAAGUUGAACCACUUCGUCACGCGCCGACGGGUCCAUUCGCACGAUGAGCGCCCUCCGGUGACCGACGUCGAUUGGCAAUUCGAGGUCUCGGCCUAUGGAUAUGAUGGCUUCCCUGGCGACGCCAAUGAUCUCUUCCGCGUUGAAAUUGUUAAGUCAAUGUCUGAUGGCGAAGAAGCGAAGAAGCGCCUACGAACCAUUCAAACCAAAUUCCGCCUGGUACACGUCAUGACCAACUGCGUCUUGUUCUCUCACAAGGUCAAGCUUCCUGAAUGGGGAUUCGACCAACAGGAGGUCACUUGCGCCAGGGGCGCUACGCUGCCCAACAGUGUCUGGUAUAUUGAAUCGAACAGCCACCCAAUGCUGGCCGAAGAUGCGGAGAAGGUUAACUACAAGAAUCCUGGUUUCUUCGGCAAAUUCUUUGAGCUGCAGAGGGUGAUGUGGGUGACAAAUGCCGGUCUCACGGAAUCUCAUGCAUGGGAUUCUCGUCCGCCCUCAUGGCCGACUCUACUUCGUGGCAUCAACUUCUGGGGCAAGGACCACCGUCAGGUCUACCUCCUUGGUAACCCAUUCAUCUGGUGGUCGUCAACCGUGGCUGUCGCGGUUUACCUUCUUUUCAAAGGUAUUGCUGUCCUUCGCUGGCAGCGAAGCUGCGGUGAUUACCGCAACGUCAACUUCAAGCGUUUUGACUACGAGGUUGGCACCACUGUCCUUGGCUGGGCUUUCCACUACUUUCCCUUCUAUCUCAUGGCUCGUCAGCUCUUCUUGCACCACUAUUUCCCGGCGCUGUACUUCGCCAUCAUGGCGCUUUGCCAGGAGUUUGACUUCAUCGCCAAUCGUAUCAGAUCGCUUGGCUUGCCAUCCAAGCCAGUGAUUGGCAAGGUUCUGGCUGGUUUGUUCCUUACCUGCAGCAUCGUCACCUUCGUGAUCUAUUCGCCCCUGGUGUAUGGCAACCCCUGGACUCAGGAAGCUUGUAGACAAGUGAAGCUCUUGGAUACCUGGGACUUUGACUGCAACACUUUCUACACCGAUCUAAGCCAUUACGUGACUCAGUACGUUGAUAGCAACGCAAACGCGGCUAUUCCACCUACAGAGACGUCUAUUCCACAAGCACCUCCUGCCGUGGCUCCGCCUCAGGAUGCCCCUAUACAGCAUGCUCAGCAAGUGCUUCAAGAAGAGCCUCAGGAGCCUGCAGUCACCCCUCGGGCCCGUCAUAGCACCAAGGCACGAGCGGAAUAUCGUGAUCAAAACGGCAACAUCCUGGACGAGGAGCUCGUGGCCUCGUUGAGGAAGGAGGGCAAGGUCUCCUUCGAGACCCGGCAUGAGACCUCGACCCGUCUGGACAAUGGUCAUCUCGUUGACAUGGUGGACGGUGAGAUUGAGUUUGCUCCACCCCAUCCGGAUGUCGAGGGCCAGAACCCCGAAACUGUCGGGAAACAUCAGUCCCAAGAUGUGGUGGAUGGUCCAGCGUCAGUAGCCGGACACGGUAGCUCCAAGGAACAAAAGGGGUCGGCGGACCCCAAGCCGGCCAGUGAGGUGAAUGAGGCGACUAAAUCUUGAAACGACAUAGACUUGAAGCAUUUUGUGGGAGGUUUCAAUUCAUCCGAUCUUUAGUUUUACUUGUUGACUUUCUCUGCACUUCUUUGUUCGAUAGUAAACGUUCCUCAAUGGACUGACGAGAUGUGACACUUGUACAUGAUAUACCUUUUUGCCAAAUCUAUUCUUCAGCUAAUCACCACACUGGACUGGCAUUUACCUCUACGAGAAGAUAAUUGUAAAUAAGAAAAAAGAGAACA